GCUCAGAAGAUCCUUCAGACCAUGAAGACCAAGGGCUACAGGGAGCACAAGCUGUUGGAGCAUACCUUGAGGAUGUGCACCUACGCCUUCUCCUUGGGAGUGGACCCUGGCAUGGAGAAGAUGCCAAAGCGAGAGAGAAUCACAGCCCUGGAGACCCUUGAGCGUGAAAAGUACAGUCUGCCGCCAGACAUCAAGGGAAAACACUCGGCUGCCUUUCUGAGUGACAUCUUCAACGAGGCAAGGACUCAAGAGCUGUCAAGUGCGAAGGUGAAGGAGCUGGUCGAGGUGAUUGGCCUUUGGCAAGCUCUCUACGCCCAGGAAGCCCCCAACGCGCCACUGAGCCCGUGGACGGUCAAAAAUCCAACCUUUGCUGGUCUUUUGGCAAGUGUGGCUGACUCGUACAUAGGCUGCACCUUGGAGGAAGCAGCACAAGAUGAGCGCGAGAAGGAGGACAUGGAG